UGAAAAUGUGAAAAAUGUUGUUAUAUAAAAUACGUAUUUAACUUAUCUUUUUAUAUAAUUUGGGUUUUAAAUCGUUGGUCCAUUGGAUAAGAAAAAAGUCAAAAAUAUGUAGAGGUCAAAGUCCAAUCUCUCCCAUCCUUCUUUAUAGAUCUUCUUCCUUCUCUCUCUCUUCAUCUUUUUUCUAUAUAUAUACAUACACACCUUCACCGCUUCACGCGAAUACAACUCCGAUCACCCUUCUUCAUCAAUCAUCAUUUUCACCAUUUUCCAAUACAGAAUCAAUCCAUUAUCAAUCCUGACGACAUGGCAUCCAUUGUGUGUUUCGGAGAGAUGUUGAUCGAUUUCGUCCCAGAUACCGCCGGUGUCUCCUUGGCUGAGUCUCAAGGAUUCCUCAAAGCCCCCGGUGGCGCACCUGCAAACGUCGCCUGUGCCAUCGCCAAGCUGGGUGGCUCCUCCGCUUUCAUCGGCAAGGUUGGGAAAGAUGAGUUUGGAUACAUGCUAGCAGACAUACUGAAGAAGAACGGAGUAAACGCGGACGGAGUUUUGUUCGAUGAGCAUGCGAGAACGGCUCUUGCAUUCGUGACGCUAAAGAAGAAUGGCGAAAGGGAAUUUAUGUUCUAUCGGAACCCUAGCGCUGAUAUGCUGUUGAAAGAGUCUGAACUGAACAUGGAUUUGAUUAAGAAUUCGAAGAUCUUCCAUUACGGGUCAAUCAGCCUCAUUACGGAGCCCUGUAGGUCGGCUCACAUGGCCGCCAUGAAAACCGCCAAGCAAGCUGGGGUCCUCCUCUCUUACGACCCUAACGUCCGCCUUCCUCUUUGGCCUUCACCGGAGGCUGCCAGACAUGGUAUCAUGAGUAUCUGGAACGAAGCUGAUUUCAUCAAGGUGAGCGACGACGAGGUGGCAUUCUUGACACAGAAAGAUUCCGAUAGCGAAGAAGCAGUGAAGUCAUUGUGGCGUGAUCACUUCAAGCUUAUGGUUGUUACAGAUGGGGAGAAAGGAUGCCGAUAUUACACCAAGAAUUUGAAGGGAAAAGUUAGUGGAUUCCCUGUGAAAGCAGUAGACACAACAGGUGCAGGAGACUCGUUUGUGGGCUCCAUUUUGUGUUCCAUUGCAAAGGACAAUUCCAUUUUUACGGACGAAGGGAAGCUGAAGGAGGCACUGAAACUAGCAAACGCUUGUGGAGCAAUAUGUACAACUAAGAAAGGAGCCAUUCCCGCACUUCCAUCAAUAUCAGAUGCACAAGCACUAAUGUCUAAGUAAACAACAUAUUUUAUACUAUACAUCGUUCCAAAUUGUAUCUCUUUUUUUUUUCUAGUCGUUUUGUUUUUUGAAAAACUUAUCUUUCGUGUCAGUCUAUUAGUAGGGAGUGAUUUGAAUUAGAUCUUUUCAUAAUCAAUAACAAUGUUUUGUUGCGUAAUGUAUGAGAGAUUGAUUUUCAGUUUGUUAGCAAUCUUGUGAAGGUGAAAUUAGUUUGGAUAUGGUGU